UGAGAGCUGGACGAGCAGGUUUUAAAUGAAUGACUAUGGUUCUUUUGAGAGCAUCCUAAAAUAGAGAACCUCCCUGUCUUCAAGUUUCAAUGGAUUCCUUCAACUUCAGCCUGAAGAGUACAAGUCACCCCUUGAAGUGUCCCAUCAGUAGAUUAACUCCAGCUAUGUCAACAAGCAGCAUCGACCAGUUCACUUAUGACCGAAGGAAGGGUGAUUCUGCUUAUAGUUCUUUCUCUGGAGGCUCAAGUGCCCCUGAAUACAGCUCUCUGUACUGUCAUGAUGACAUUCCCCCGCACAGCUUACUGUUCACUGAGCACUGGUGCCACUCAGUGGAGGGCGACUCUCUGCCUCAAGAAGGCAUUCUAGACCGACAUCACUUCAGUUGGGAGCCCCCACCACUUCCCCCUGCUCGUCUAGACAGCUUCAUAGCAAUAAGGAAUUUGGAGAACUCCAAAGCCAGUCAGGAUACGGGAGAUCUACGAGUGGAAACGCUGCAUCCUAGAUCUGACCCAGUCCGUGGACAUAGGGCAGCACCAUUUGAUCUGACUGCUCCGAAGGACCACGCCAGCUUUUCAGAUGUACGGUAUAAGGGCCCUAAGCAUAGGACUCCAGCUGUCAAUAACAGCAAUAUCCAACAAAGAGGACAAUAUUUCUUUGUGACAGGUGUGAGUAAGUCUCCUCAGGCCAAUCUCAGAGACAGCUAUUUGGAUAGUGUAGAAAGCGAUGCAGAAGUUCCAAGGUUAACCACAGGGGACCUUAAUAGUGUUCAGCAGUGGUGCGAAAAUGUUCAUGGUGACCAGCAGGUUUAUAUCCAGAGUCAAGGUUUAACCAAGAACUCCAGGAGAAAAAGGAUGACAUCUUCUCUGCAAAAUCUAGACAAGACAAAUGUCUGCAGCAAUGCUGACUGUGGAAUGGCAGUGAGCAGACAGCCCUUAGGAAAUACGGAUACUGACAAAAUAAACAGAGAAACCGUUCAAAUGAUGCGUCGCGUCAGAGGAGAAAGCAUGGGGUCACUUACGUGCAUAUCUAAAAAUGAGAAUGGGGCCAUGGUUAAUAACAAGGAAAUGAGGCCAAAUGAAGUCUCAGAUUCCAGACUACGCUGCGAUUCCUGCAGCAGCUGCAUGAUUCAGCUGAAUGAACUCCCACUAGACGGUAUCCAGGAAGUAGGAUACACAAAUAUGAAUUUGGGCAGUUUGUUGAAUGAUUCUGCCAAGAAGAACCUGAUGGGUGCACAGUCCAAUGUCGUAAUGGACAAUGCCUCCAAGAAGACAGAUCCGCAGCCCUCAUUCCCCCUAAGGCUGGUGCAAGAGCCCAAAGGGAUGCCUUCUGCAGUCAGCUUUGUCUCCCUUUCACAGGAUCCCACACGUAGACCGGAAAACCCAGAGUGUCCAAGACUUGAUUUACAGGGAAAGGAGAACUUCCCACAGCCUCAGGUAGCCCGGAUUGGGGCCAGAAGGAGAUUGACUUCAGAACAAAAGAAAUUAUGUUAUUCCGAUCCAGAGAAGCUACACCAAAUAGAGGACACACCUACUUAUAGGCUGUAUGGUAGCACAGACAGCUGCAAGGAAGAUUUGCUAUGCAAAGAUGAUUUGAGCCAACGGGGACUUGUUGCCACCAGACGGAAGAUAUUUGAGACCAAGGGCCGUGCCCUAUCAGCCUCCUGCCUUUCCCAAACCUCGCUGAAGCAGCUCCAGCACAAGGCCGUCCAGGCAUACAUGGAGCGCAAGAUGGACCAAAAACCUACAGAAGCCCAGCAGACCGGCGUCCAGACUCCCAGCAAGAGACACUCCAUGGCAGGAAAGGUGUCGGAAUGUAACUGUGACUCUGUCUGCAGACAGGUAGCACCUAGGAAGAAGCUGACCAGGCCCCUCUCAGCAAGUCGCCUUCUGGAUAAUUCCAGCAGAUCAAGUGACUAUCCUGAUCUCAGCCUCACCAUCUCCAGUGAAUGUUGCUGCUGCAGGGAGAUGCCUCGCUCAGUUGAGAAAUCUGCUUCUACAGAGAACCUUCUGAAGCAGACAAAGCCCCAACAUUUCAGUCAGACACGUUCAGCUUCUACUCCACAUGCCUUUCAGAGUGGAAAUGCCCCCAGUGACUCUUUACCUGUCUGUAAUGAGAUGCUUAGUUCUCAGAAGAAAGUCGAGGGUAGGUCUUCGGUGCUUAAUACUCGGACUGGCUCAGGGCCGGAGAGCCGCCGUGGUUGGGCUUUCUUGGAGGAGCCAGAGGUUCAACAUUUUGGAGAGCCAUUGGCUUGCUUUAGGAGUUUGGAGAAGCCUGAACAGCCUAGCAGCAGGCUUGCCGCACAUGCCAGAGAGAAGAGGAGCAUCUCCUUUUUUUCUGAGCGGGAGCAGAACUGGCGGACGCUCAUGCGCAGGAAACAGUUCUUUAAGCAAGAGUCGGCCCCACAGCUUCGCGUUCGAGAGGAGCUUGGAGGGGACGGCAGCCGUGACAGAGCACACAGCAAGGCCCAAGCCAUCCCCGAAGGGGCACAGCUGUCUUCUACAGGAGGGUCCCUCUCACACUCGAUUCCCUCACUCAGCGAUACUGAUAGCCCUCUGUCCCCUCCAGUACACGCUCAGGAAUCAGCCAGACGAGUUCUGGACAGGGCCAAGUCUGCGUACCUGCCCAGUCCGUCCAAGAGCAGGAGCAGUCCCAGAGUAAAGGCUGCUCCUCCUGUGCAGCCCUUGCCAGUGGAGCAAUCGGUGGAUGAUCCGGAGGAGAUAUUUGGCUCAUUCCAGGAGGUGUUUCUAAAUCGAGCGAUGCCAGUAGAAACUGACUCAUGGCUCAUCAACCUGGAAGCAGGAAAGAGUGAUGACAGGGAUUGUUCUCCACAUCAAGGAAACAAUCAUCCUGAAGAGGCUUUGAAUCUACCAGCUGAGCCUCAGACAGCCCACAGCUGUCCUCAGUCUAAAAAGGAGACCAUCCAAAGCCGAAGAUGGAUGAAGGAGGAAGAGGAAGAAGGGGUUUCAGUGGACGAACCUGAGCCUGCAGCCAGCUCCACAGCUAGAACCAAACCCACCUGUCACUGGGAGGAUUUGGUAGAGGCAGUGGUUGCAGAGGAUCCAUCCCUAGCCCCCUUACUCUUCCCAGCUGGCAACCGGAACACUGCUAUGAAGCUGAUGGAGCAGCUGCUUUCAGAGGACACAUUGUUGAUGGAGGACCAUUACAGGAGGAAGGAAGCCCAAAAUUCCAAAAGAACGCUGACUGAGGACAGGUCUGGAAUGGACAGCUUGGACAUAAAUGCUUUCUCUAAUGGUGCUUGCCCAACCUGUGAGGACCAAACAAAAGAAACAGACCAGAUACGGAGAAGUGAUCUCACAGAGAAGAAGAAGCUUUUGGUGGCCUGCAUUGAGCAGCGUCUUCAAGAGCUGGAGAAGCAGCGGGGGGCCCUCCGGGAGGAGGCGCGGGCGAACCGGGAGCGGGCGGACACCAUAGCCGCCUUGGUUCAAGAGAAGUGUCUGCCUGCAGAGUUUGAGCGCUACAGUCAGUUUGUCGGAGACCUGGAGCGAGUAGUCAGUCUGCUGCUCUGCCUCUCUGCCCGUCUUGCCCGGGUGGAGAAUGCACUGAGCAGCGUGGACCAGCACACAGAUGCAGAGGAGAAGGAAUCCCUGGACAGCCGCCACCGCCUGCUGUGCAAACAGAGGGAUGACGCCAAAGACCUGCGUGACAACCUGGGCAAGAGGGAGCAGGUGGUCUCCUCCAUUCUGGCCCGGUACCUGACGGCCGAGCAGCUGCAGGAGUACCGCCGUUUCGUGCAGACCACCGCCUCCCUGCUCAUCCUGCAGAAGGACCUGGAUGAGAGGCAGCGCUUGGGCGAGGAGCAGCUGCAGUCGCUACGCAGCAGCCUCCCGCUGUAAGCAUCUGGGCCACGACUCAGCUGUAAAACGUCGCUGUUUUUUGAUUCUUUUCUUGGAUAUCAUCAAAGAUAACCGCUCAACUUUGUUGAUGUUGCUUUCCAUUUGUCAGCUGUCAUCCAUAGAUUCUCACCUAAAUGAUUUCACGACAGAGAAUCUGUUGUUAAAUAUUAAUAAGCUUUACAAAUCCAUUAUUUUACUAAUGUCUUAUCAGGUGGGAGCUCCUGCUUUCACUGUAUUUGUGAAAAUAAGGUUAUUUUAGUUUAGUUUUUAUA